AUGUCUUUGUUGGAAACUCGGAGCAAGACUGGCUCGAGGAGCGAUGUUCGCCUCAGCAAGGUGGUUCCAGAAGUUCUGAGCAGAGAGAGCCGCGCGCGUCGUUACGGCAUCGACUGCCCAAGUGAACUGCACUGGCAUGCUAAGGAGCCGGGGGGCGACUACAAGCAGAAGCUGACUAUCAAGAACGUGUCCACGCAAGUGAUCAAGUUCAAGUACAAACUUCCUGAGACGAGCUUCUUCUUCAUGAAGUUUCCUGACCUCUUCACGCUGAAUCCUGGCAUGGCGGCUUCGAUUGAUGUAAACUUCCGUCCUAUCAGGAGUGAGCCGUACGACGACGUCAUCGAGUUCAUUACCACUCAGGGCAAUUUCUUCAUAAGGGUCAUUGCUACCAUGCCCGAGCACGGGGUGAAGAUGCAGGAGCAUCUUGAUUUCGGGUUUGCUACCGUGAAGGAGGAGAGUACAAGGACGUUUGUUCUGCGGAACAUAGGGGAGGUGAACGCCCCGUUUGAAUUGUUGUCUGAAGCCCCUUUCGACGUCAGUCCUAAAGAAGGAGUGAUUCUUCCCGGCAAGACCAUGACAGUCAAGAUCAGCUUCUUUCCCACAGAGGCGUCAGUGUACGUUGGAACGAUCGUGUGCAAGCAGCCCAUCCCUCGCCCAGCCCUAGUGAUGAAGAUCAGCGGGAUCGGGAAAAUACCUUUCGUCGCCAUCUCGAAAUCUGAAGUGAACUUUGGUACGGUUUUGACCGGCCGGGCAGUGAACGAGGAAGUGAUCCUUACCAACACUUCACUGGUCCCUGUGUCCUUCGAAUUGAACCCAAUUCCGCACGAUCAUGACCCAGUCAAGGGAAAAAUCCCAGCAGAUGGCAGCCUGGCGCUGCAAGUGACGUACACUCCCAUCUCCACCGGGUCCUUCGAUUGUGACUACUUCGAGAUUGUGACUCCGGGAGGAAACAUCCAGAAGAUCUGCUGCAAGGGAUUCGCUGAGCCGCACUCUGUGGAGAUCGACAGGAGCAGCAUCAACUUUGGCAACCUGGAGCUGGGAAAGGUAUCAUUGAGAACUUUGGAGAUCCGCAACAACACCAAGGAGAAAGCUUUCUACCAGUUCAUCACUGAGUCCAUGGGAUGUUUCGAAUUCUCAAGAACGGACGGAAGCAUCAUUCAGGAGAGCAGCGUGAACGUUGACAUCAGGUUCACUGCCCGGGUGCCUGGGAACUUCUACCGUCGCAUCUUCAUCCUCAUCAAGAACCAAGGGCCCCUCUACCUCGACCUCACUGCUACCGCGUACGUUCCGUUGGCUGACUCCUGUUCUCCUCGCCUCUCACACUCGCAUCCUUGCGCUUACAGGUACCAUCAAAACCAAGAUCAGGUGCCUCGACCGAUGCCGCUCGCGCAGAAGCAUGUCGACUUGUACCGCACGCGUCAAAUGAUGGAGGGGACGGCGCAUGCUCGGGCUAUCCACGAAGUGACCUCCUCCAACAACCCCACGAGCGUGAUAUGGAACGAGUUCUUUCUGGACGACACAGACAGCAGGCGGGAGAUCUUUCUGCUGGAGCAGCACGUGGAGUUUGGAGCGGCUUCUGAGGUUGGGGUGGGAGACUACAAGCAGAUCACAGUGCACAACAACACGGAUGUGAAGCAGACAGCCAUGUUCAUGAUCCCUCCUGACAACUACAUCCGGCAGCCCGAUGGGGCCGGGGAGAUCACCAUGACGACGUUGGGGCCUGUCCUGAAGCCUCUGGAAACUUGUUUUAAAGUGUUUCCCGAGAAGGCAGACGUGUUGCCGAAGAGCAGCACCACCUUCAAGGUCGCCUUCCGCCCCGAGUAUCGCAACGCCUACUACGCGCAGGCCAUUGAGAUCUUCGUCUUCCCCAAGACCCAGCGGAACUUUCGCCUAGUCACGGACGAGAACUUCGUCCCUCCUCACUGCGUUACCCCCGUCUGCAGCGGCAACACGUUUCCGGUCGGCAUGGAAGCGUUCACGCCGAAGCUGCGGGUGCCGAGCACGAGGAUCAGCUUCCCAGCAUGCGCUGUGAGCGACAAGGCGUACCAGAUCAUCGAGAUGUACAACGAUGCGGACACGCCGCUGCGAUACCUCUUCGACGAGGACCAGACUGGCGUCUUUCGCUGCAAGCCCAACAACGGGCUGAUCAUGCCGCAUUGCGCGCAGCUCGUCGCGUUCAUGUUCUGCCCGCUGGAGGCGAAGCGGUACGAGCACGUGACGACGUGCGUCAUGAACGGGAGCUCCGUGCAUGCAGUGAAGCUGACGCUCAUCGGGAGCGGCAACGCGACGUCGAUCGAGCUGGAGACGAAUCACCUCCAGGUGAAGCCCACCUGCGUCGGGUCCGUGACCUCGAGAGCGAUCGAGAUGAAGAACCCGACGGGGAUUCCCAUCCUCUUCUCCUGCCUUGUGCCUGAGAGCUGCUCCCGCGUCCUCGUGGUCGAGCCUGACCGCGGAAUCCUCCGUGGCAACGAGAAGGUCAGCCUGUUUGUUCACUUCGCGCCGAGACGGGAGGGAUCGUACAGCCUCAAGGUUCCCAUCCAGAUCGACCAGGCCAAGGUGCGGAACCUGGCGGAUGCGGAGAUGGGGGAGGCGGAGGACCUUGAUGAGACGUUCUCCCCGAGGCAGCAGAGGAGGAGCGUCCCCUCCAAGCAGACGGUCCAUCUCAACGUGUACGGGGUUGGGACGGUAGGAGCCGUGACGUUCGAGCCAGAGACGGUUGACUUCGGGACGCUGGUGGUGGGGACGCAGGUGUCGCGGGUGAUCAAGUUGGUCAACCACUCGGACUGUACCAUGUACCACAAUAUCACCUCGAGCAUGGAGAAGAACUUGGAGUACAAGGACGGCAAAGGCUUUAUCUCUGCCUUCUCCACCAAGAGAGUCACUAUCUGCUUCACCCCCAGUGAGAGGAAGUACUACAACGUCACCAUCACCUGCCGGCUCUCCACCAGCUCCGAGUCGCUCGUCACUGGCGACCAUGGGCCGAACCGAACGGGAAUACAGCUCCUCCAGGCGCUGGAGUUUGAGGAUGCGCCUCAGUGUCAGGUGCUAGGCAACGCAGUGUAUCCCGUCCUCUCGAUCGUGGACGCGAGGGCGGCAGGGAGCGUGUUCAACCCGAUCUCCUCCUCCCGGGUGUGGAGGGAGUUCAGCCUGAUGAAGAUGAACAAGGAGCUGUCGUCGGAUCUCAACAGGAAGGAGGUCAAGUGGAACAAGGCUGAGAUCGAUGAGACCGAUCCGACCAAAGUGUUGCAAGUGAUGGAAAUGAGGUUUGAGGUCAAAGAGCAGGGCUACCCCCCCAGCAUGAACAUCCUCCGACUCAAGAACACUGGCGUGCUCGCCCUCGACUUCCUCCUCAAGUUCCCCAAGGAUGAUGAAGAUGAGCCUGAGAACUGGGUGGACAAAGAUCUACAGGGCGAGGAGGAGCUGACUCUCAACAUGAUCCUUGAGAACAAGCUCUUCCUCUGCGAGCCUCGCAGGGGACACUUGGAGGUGGGAGAGGAAGUAGAUCUCAUCCUCUCCUACAAGCACCUCAUGGCCACUAAGGAGUUCCGCCUCCCAGUCGUGCUCAACAUCUGCGAGCUGCCUGCAGCAGGAGGCGUUCUCAACACAGGAAAGCAGAUCGUUCUCUCCCUCAUUGGUCAGACUCUGGCCAUCGCCGAAGCUUACCUGCACCUCCCUGCUCCCGAUGCUCAGCACUACAAGCACCUCGAGUGGGGCUUCGAGAAGACCCCCAUAGGGCUGAUUUCUCCUCCCAUCCAGUACUACAAGCUCGAGAACCUUGGACAGGUACCGCUGGACUAUCACGUGGACAUGAGCGAGGUGGAGAAACUGAACGCGGAGAACUUUGGCUUCGACGUGGUCACUUGUCUCGACAACACCGACUGGCACCUCGAACCCGGCGAGAGCGUCACCAUGCGUUGGGUCUUCAACCCCCUUGAGGCGAAGAUGUACACGUGGCAGCUUCCUAUCUCAGUUUACAGCGGGGAGAGUGGGGGGGAAACGCACGUCGUCAAGUUUUACGCUGAGGGAUGCCAGCCCAGCGUGCACAGCAACCCUGAGACAACCAUCAUGCCGACGCCCAACCAGCUGGUCUUGAUGACGGCGGAGAGAUUCUGCAUGGGCAACAUCCCGCUCGGCGCGACGAUCCACCGGAUGAUCAUCCUGACCAACUUCAGUCACGAGCAGGUCAUGAUAUUCAACUUCGACCUGGACGGGGAGCUUGCGAAGCAGAUGGUAGUCCUGCAUCCCCAGAGCGGCGAGAUUGACCCGCUCUCGCACGUUGUUGUCAAGAUGACCGUGCGCUGUAUGACCUCCAGCAUCCUUGACUUCGAUGUGCCUUGCAUGGUGGCACCGAAGCAAGAGCCUGAGGAGGAGAACGAGGACCUAGCAGACGACAACGAAGACGCUGCACCGCCUCCUACUAGCGGGACUGGCCGGCCAUCGACAGGCAUCGCGCAGUCAGUAUCAGGAGGGUCAGUCGCUGGGACAGCGAAGAGCGCGAGGAGGAGGAAGAGAACGUCAGUGAUAGAGCUUCCUCCUCCCAUGCGCAGCUCCGUGAGGCAGAGACACGGGGGCACGCGGGGCUUCGUGAGCUUCCAGGAGAGGAAUGACGGGAAAGACAGCGGCAACCGAACGCAGUCCUUCAUGGACGACGCGGCGAGCGUGAAGAGCGGGUCGAGCAGAAUCAGCGCGGCUACCGCCCAAACCUCCGUGUCCAUGGCGAGCGCUCUCUCCUCAGUGAGCAGGCAGACGGGGAUCGGGUCGCACAUGGAUCAGGAGGACGACGACGAGAGCUCCGAGCAGUAUCUCUUCCUCUCCCUUCAAGCUCACGUCCGACCCCCAGAGCAACAUCGUUCCCUGCAUGAAAACAACCACUUCUUCUGGUUCCCCAAGUCUAGUUUCUCCUCCCCGGACGGUAUCUCCCCCAACCUGCGUCUCCCCACCACCGCCUCUAGUGCGACCAGCGACCGCCGCAGCCCCUCGCUUGCUAGCGGCAACGAUCAGAGUCCUGCUAGCACAGCCACGGGCACCCGAGGAAACAGCGCUGCUGGCUCGCGCCCCUCCACCAGGGACGCCAGCCAGCAAGCGCAGCUGCGCGCCAAGGUCACGGAGGGGAUUCUGGAGCAGUUGCUCAACGACAUCAUCAACGACGACCAGAUCCUCAACUCCUUCACCCAGCUGGAGGAGGCGCCGGUCCCGUGCUUUGUGCAGGUUGCCAAGAGGCCUCCUGCGAUCUUCCAGUGCGAGGAAGCGUCGAGAGGGGAGGCAGAGGCGGUCGCGGAUGCCGCUGAGAAGGCUCACGAGGGAAGGAAGCGACGGGUUUACGCGGGCAUCGACGUCCCCGGGCAUAGCGCAGAGGUACCGUUGGAGUUGACGGAGGAAGAAGAGGAGGAGCUACAGAGGGACACAAGGAGGAGGACGGCCAUGAGCAUGCCGGAGUUUGAGAACCUGGCAGCCUUUGUGCUGAACGCGUGUAUCUUUAACUUUUUGGAGGAGCUGACCUAUGGAGAGGAACAAUUAUGA